AUGGCCACCGCAGAGAUCCCCAGCCGACACAAGGCCCUUGUCUACGAUGAGCCAGGCAAGAUUUCCACCAAGAUCGAAGAGAUCGAGACACCCAAGCCAGGCGUUGGCGAGGUCCUAGUCCGCCUGACCCAUUCUGGCGUGUGUCAUUCAGAUAUGGGAGUCAUGACUAAUUCGUGGUCGUGGCUGCCGGCGCCAACGCAGAAGGGCCAGGUUGGUGGGCAUGAGGGCGUUGGCGAAGUCGUGGCUUUUGGACCCGGAACUGAGAGCACCGUUCUGAAGAAGGGCCAGCGAGUGGGAAUUAAAUGGAUGGCAUACGCAUGCACGCAAUGCCCGGCAUGCCUCGCUGGCCUCGACGCGAGUUGCUCAAGUGGCAAGAUCAGCGGUUACUACUUCCCAGGAACUUUCCAGCAAUAUGCUGUUGCACCUGCACACUACGUGACCCCGAUCCCUGACGGCCUUCCAAGCGAUGUUGCAGCUCCGAUGCUGUGCGGUGGUGUUACAGUUUAUGCGGCUCUCAAAAAGUCUGGUGCGCAGCCGGGUGACUGGGUCGUCAUUCCUGGCGCCGGUGGCGGUCUUGGCCAUAUGGCUCUCCAGAUCGGAUCGAGAGGCAUGGGCUUCAGAAUGAUCGGUAUUGACGCCGGCGAGAAAGAGAAGCUUGCCAAGGAGUGCGGAGCUGAGGUCUUCUUCGACGUGACCAAAUAUGGCAAGGACGCAGACGCAAGCAAGAAGCUCGCAGAAGACGUUAAGCAAGCCACUGGAGGACUAGGAGCGGCGGCCGUCGUUGUUUGCACGGCCUCGAACGUUGCCUACGGGCAAGCUUUGUCGUUCCUUAAGUUUCACGGUACGCUCGUCUGUGUUGGCGUACCCGAGGGCGAGCCAGAGGUCAUUAAGAAUGCUGAUCCAGCUACCAUGCUCGUCUCGUCGCUGCGCAUUGUGGGCAGUGCAGUCGGCAACAGGAAGGAUGCUAUUGAGACUUUGGACAUGGCUGCACGUGGAGUUGUAACGACCCGUUUCACGACCGAGAAGAUGGACAAAUUGAACGAUGUCUUCGAGCGGAUGGACAAGGGAAAACUCCAGGGCAGAGUGGUGCUCGACCUCAGCGACUAG